AUGGAUCCAAUCCACACUUACCUAACUGACGACACGCUUCCGGCUGACAAAGCCGAGGCCAAAGCAGUCCGCCGUCGAUCGAUAAGGUAUCUUCUUAUGCAAAAAAUACUCUACCGAAGCGGUCAUUCCCUACCGUUGCUAUGCUAUGUCACUCUACAACAAGGGGACUAUGUUUUGCGAGAGAUUCAUGAAGAAGUGCAACCAGUGCCAACGCUUUGGCUCAAUCCUGAAGCUUCCUGCCGAACCUCUCACUCUGAUGGUCAGUACUUGGCCGUUCGCACAGUGGGGACUGGAUCUCAUCGGCCCAUGUCGCAAGGCAAUGGACAACUCAAAUUUGCAGUCGUCUCAGUAGACUACUUCACAAAGUGGUUCGAAGCCAAAGCCCUUACUGCAAUCACCGCCACUAAAAUUGAACACUUCGUAUGGAAAAACAUCAUUUGCCGAUUCGGCCUCCCAAACGCAAUCAUCACAGACAACGAGGCCAUCAACAAGAUCAUUAAGAAGACGCUGAAGAAGAAGCUUGGAGCUGGUAAAGACGAAUGGCCAGAAAUACUACCAGAGGCACUGUGGGCCAUCAACACAUCAUACCGAAGAUCAAUAGGCGAAACCCCGUUUUCCCUCACCUUCGGAACUGAAGCUGUCGUACCGGUUGAAAUUAAUGCACCAACACACCGAACGGCAUCUUACAAUCCAAACCAAAAUCAAGACCAGCUCGUUUUGAACCUAGAUCUCAUCGAAGAGCACCGAUCGCAAGCUCAGCUUCAGAAUGCCGCAUAUAAGCAACAACCUCUAGAUAUUAUGACUCAGGCGUCAAAUGCCAAUCAUUCAAGGUUGGGGACUGGGUUUUUCGCAAAGUCUCUCUUGCAACAAAAAAGCAUGUCGAAGGCACCCUUGGCCCUUCAUGGGAAGGUCCCUACGAAGUCAUCGAUGUCUGCCGACUGGGUACCUACCUAUUGCGUGGGUCCGAUGGUCAGACCCUUAGUCACCCUUGGAAUGUCGAACAUUUAA